AUGAGUAGUUUGGAGCAAGGCGAGAAUACAAUUCGAGAUUUUUUGGGACGCGAAGUCUCUGAAGUACCCUCCAGGAUUGCAAGAUAUCCGUCGGCGAAGUCGAUCUCGAACCUUCUCGCAUCCGAGCUCUUUGAGUCGCGAGUAGGCUAUUCUAUGGAACUAUGGAAACGAGCCCCUCGGAUGAUGGUUGAGGAGAAAUGUACUCCGUGGAGCCACCCGAAUCUGUACGAAGAAUUGAUGCCACGAUCCAUGCAAGAUGCGUUCGCCGCUUGUUCACUUUACAUAUCCCGCACUGAUGUCAACGCAAAAUUUGUCCUACGACACAUCACUGACAGGGCACAUGAGCUCGUCGAACAGCCGAUACCGACCACGCCCGCCGAAGUAAUCGCCCAAGCGCAAGCAGUGCUCCUGUACCAAGUCAUGCUGAUCUGUAGUGAUGAUUUCCGUUAUUAUCGGCAGACCCAAACCCUACUUCCACAUCUCAAGGAGCUCAGUAGUUCGCUUUACUUCCUCGUAACGGAGGAUCCAACCAAGGACGAAGACCACGCGGCAACUUUACCUCUUUACCCCAGCUCUGCCGCUCGUACCGCAUGGCUAUCAUUCAUCUUUAGAGAAUCCUGUCGACGAACACUUCUCGCCGUCUGCCACGCUGUAUCUAUAUGCACACUCCUCGCCGGUGACUUGGUCGCUUGCAACGAUAGCUUGUCUGUAGGCAACCGUGUGACGUUAUCAGCUGCACUUUGGGAGGCCAAGUCGCCGCUCGAGUUUGCAAUCGCUUGGAACGAGAAGAACCACUUUCUAGUCAAGGAAUUAGACUUCAGCGAAGUUCUGAGAUUAGCUAAUGCUAGCGAUGUGGACGUUUUCGGCAGGAUGCUAAUGGUAGGGCUCAUGGGGACUGAUGAUGUGAGAGGAUGGCUUCAUUCAAAAGGAGGAAAGCUAUGA